CUGCCGUGCGGCUUCCUGGCUGCUGCCCCGGAUGGUGUAUAGCGGUAGCGGUGGUGCUGCGGCUGCUGCUCUCCUGUCACCUGACGCAGCGGCCAGCGGCCCUUGUCCUCCAGUUCCUCUGCCGGAUAGCUCCAGUCUCUCAGUUCGGACAUCUGACCCACAGCCCGCUCCAACGCCCUCUCUCCCCGGCCUCCCAGCCCCGGUGUCCCGCCCGGAGGGGGCCCAGCUGCCGAAGAUGGCGGCGGGGACCGCGGCGGGCGCCUCGGAGUGGCUGGUGAUGAGGGACGGCUGCCGGCGCUGCGACGAGCAGGGAGUGAGCAGUCUAUCCUACCACCCAGCGCUCAACGCCAUCCUGGCUGUCACCAGCCGCGGGAGCAUCAAAGUGAUCGACGGCACGUCAGGGGCGAUCCUACAGGCGUCAGCCGUGCACGCAAAACCAGGUGGACGAGUAAGAUGUCAGUAUUUCCCUACAGUGGACAAAGUUAUCUUUGUAGAUGAUUAUUCAGUGGGAUGUCGAAAAGAUCUGAAUGGUAUAUUAUUGCUAGACACUGCACUUCAAACACCAGUUUCCAAGCCAGAGGAUGUGGUCCAGCUUGAAUUGCCAGUGACAGAGGCGCAACAGUUGCUGUCUGCAUGCCUGGAAAAAAUUGAUGUGUGUAGUGCAGAAGGAUAUGAUUUGUUCAUUAUGCAGCUAAAAGAUGGAUUUAAGAAUACGUCACAUGAGACAGCAGCAAAUCAUAAAGUUGCUAAGUGGGCAACUGUCACUCUCCAUCUUCCUCAUCAUGUGUUAAAGUCAGUAACGAGUGCUAUUGUGAAUGAACUAAAGAAGAUUAAUCAGAACAUUGCUGCCCUUCCAGUAGCAUCCUCUAUAAUGGACAGGUUAUCUUACCUGUUACCUAGUGCAAGACCGGAACUUGGUGUGGGACCUGGUCGAUCUGUAGACAGGUCCCUCAUGUACAGUGAAGCCAAUAGAAGGGAAACCUUCACGUCAUGGCCUCAUGUUGGUUACAGGUGGGCUCAGCCAGAUCCUAUGGCACAAGCAGGUUUUUAUCAUCAGCCGGCUUCCUCAGGAGAUGAUCGAGCCAUGUGCUUCACUUGUAGUGUUUGUUUAGUGUGCUGGGAACCUACUGACGAACCAUGGUCAGAACACGAGAGGCAUUCCCCAAACUGCCCAUUUGUAAAAGGCGAACACACACAAAAUGUACCCCUCUCCGUUACCCUUGCAACCUGUCCGGCACAAUUUCCCGCCACAGAUGGCACAGAUAGAAUAUCCUGCUUUGGCGUUGGAAACUGUCCUCAUUUUCUAGCUGCUGCAACAAAAAGAGGCAAAAUCUGUGUCUGGGAUGUGUCCAAACUCAUGAAGGUGCACCUGAAGUUUGAAGUGAAUGCAUAUGAUCCUGCGGUAGUACAGCUUUUGGUUGUUGCAGGAGACUCUGGUGCAGCAGUGGAGGCAAGGAGACCCACUUUAGCUUGGUUGGAAGAUUCAUCCAGUUGUUCUGAUAUCCCUAAACUAGAAGGAGACAGUGAUGAUCUUCUAGAUGAUUCAGACAGUGAAGAGCGUUCUAGAUCUGACUCUGUUACAGGUCACCCUUCACAAAAGGAAUCCCUGGAAAUGAGUCUGGAUAUAACAGCCCUAAGCAUUCUCCAACAGCCGGAAAAGCUUCAAUGGGAGAUUGUUGCAAAUGUCCUAGAAGACACAGUUAAAGACUUGGAGGAGCUUGGAGCAAACCCUUCUUUAGUUGGUUGCAAAAGUGAAAAGACCAAGGAAAAACACUCUGAACAGCACAACAUUCCCUUCCCUUGCCUAUUGACUGGUGGUUUGUUAACAUAUAAAUCCCCUACUUCUUCACCUACUAGUAGCAAUUGUCGCAGGUCACUUGAUGCUUUAAACAGGACUCCAGGAGAAAGCUCCUCAGAGCAGGGUUCAACUGACAACGAGUCUGGCACUAAUUCUGACCUUAAUUCUCCUUUGGUAAAACGAACUCUGCCUGUUUUGUUGCUAUACAGCAUCAAAGAGUCUGAUGAAAAGGCAGGAAAGCUUUUUUCACAAAUGAACAAUUUAAUGAGCAAAAGUUUACAUGAUGAUGGGUUUACUGUCCCACAGAUCAUAGAGAUGGAGUUGGAUAAUCAGGAGCAGUUGCUUCUUCAGGACCCACCAGUCACUUAUAUUCAGCAAUUUGCUGAGGCCACUGCCAGUCUUGCUUCUCCAGAUUCUGAGAAGUGGACAGCUAUGGUCCCUAAGCCAGGAACCUUGGUACAGUGUAUGAAACUGCCUAAAUUUGCAGAGGAGGAGAACCUUUGUGUAGACUCUAUCAUUCCUUGUGCGGAUGGAGUCCAUCUUUUAGUAGGGUUACAAAAAUGUCCUGCAGAUUCUUUGAGUGCAAUAAAUCAAGUAGAGGCCUUGAAUAAUUUAAACAAAUUAAAUUCUGCACUUUGUAGCAGGAGGAAAGGUGAAGCAGAGUCAAGUCUCACUGCUGUGAAUGGCACAAGCAUCAAUGUUAUCCCUUGUGAAUCUUCAACCAGCGUUCAUGACCCAUUAAUUAUUCCACCAGACCAGAGAAGAGUUAGUGGUGGCUACCUAGUUAUUUACAAAAUUAAUUAUACCACCAGGAUUGUGACUUUAGAGGAAGAACCUGUCAAAAUUUUACAUAUUAAGGACCCUCAGGAUGCAGUUACCUCACUUAUUUUGUUACAGCCAGACGUUUUGGAUAAUAGAGAUGAUGACUGUGAGGAGCCCACCGAAGAAGCACAUUUAAUUCCAAAAAAUGUCAAUGGAAAGGAGAAAAAAAGUGAUUUGUGGAGUCUGGGCCACCUUGUGGUAACCACACAAGGAGGUUUUGUAAAAAUCCUAGAUCUUUCUACAUUUGAAGUUAUGGCUAAAGUGGACCCGCCUAAAAAGGAAGGUACAGAGGAAGUGGACCCCUUUGUGUCGGUUGUGUACUGCUCAGGGACUGACAGGCUCUGUGCAUGCACAAAAGGUGGAGAACUUCACUUUCUCCAGAUUGGAGGAGCUUGUGAUGACCUUGAUGAAACGGAUAUCCUUGUUGAUGGAUCAUUAACAAAGAGUGUGGAGCAGUUUGUAGAAGGCAUCAAGCCUAUGUCAAACCCUUCUAGUCCUGGUCUUACAGGUGUUGAUCUUUUGGUGGAACAAGAUUUCUCUCUGGAAAUAUUGACUUGUUUAGUGGAACUGACUCGCUUUGAGACGUUCAUACCCAGGUUUUCCGCCACUGUUCCGCCGUGCUGGGUUGAAGUUCAGCAGGAGCAGCAGCAGAGGCGCCAUCCACAGCACUUACAUCAGCAGCACCAUGGAGAUGCAGCACAGCACACCCGCACAUGGAAACUCCAGAAUGACAGUAAUAGCUGGGAUGAACAUGUAUUUGAACUUGUCUUACCUAAAGCCUGCAUGGUGGGACAUGUUGACUUCAAGUUUCUAUUGAAUUCUAACAUCACAAACAUCCCACAAAUACAAGUGACGUUACUCAAGAAUAAGGCCCCAGGCUUGGCCAAAGUUAAUGAGACACCUAUAGAUAGGCAUAUAUCAUUUCCCCUGUCUCCAGCCUUCAAUGUUGAAACCCCGAGAAAUGGGAAACCUGCCUUUGUGGAUUUAAGUGAAGAGAUGCAGAAUAUGGAAGUGGAAGAUUCUCAGUGUCCAAGAUUAUGUCCAUUUUUAGAAGAUCACAAAGAAGAUAUUUUAUGUGGUCCAGUCUGGUUGGCAAGUGGUCUUGACCUCUCUGGACAUGCUGGGAUGUUAACAUUAACAAGUCCUAAACUUGUGAAAGGCAUGGCUGGUGGAAAAUAUCGGUCAUUUUUAAUUCAUGUCAAGGCUGUAAAUGACAGAGGAUCGGAGGAACUAUGCAAUGGGGGAACCAGGCCAGUUCUGAGAAUACCAUCCUUGAAGCCUCCGAGUGCAAAGGGACAUUCCCUUGCAUCACUCUUGGCUAAAGUUGUUCCAGGCAAAGACAAAACUGCUUCAAAAAUAGAUACCAGCAACUCUUCACGGAAAAUUGAUAAUCUUAGAGGUUGUGACUUUCUUCAGGAAGUCUCUGUCACUAUUCGAAGAUUUAAGAAAACAUGUAUACCAAAGGAAAGGGUACAGCGUUGUGCCAUGCUGCAGUUCUCUGAAUUUCAUGAGAAGCUUCUCAACACGCUCUGUAAAAAGACAGACGAUGGGCUUGCCACAGAACAUGCACAAAGCCUGGCUCUAGACAUCCUCUGCUGGUUGGCUGGGGUGCAUUCUAAUGGACCUGGCAGCUUACGAGAGGGAAAAGAAAGUUUGCUUUCUAAAACGAGGAAGUGUCUUUCGGAUAUUGUGCGUGCAUGUUUUUUUGAGGCUGGAAGAAGUAUAGCUCAUAAGUGUUCCAGGUUCUUGGCUCUCUGCAUAAGCAAUGGAAAGUGUGAUCCUAGCCAGCAAGGUUUUGGAUAUGUCCUUUUGAAGGCGUUGUUGGAGAACAUAACCUACCUGCCGUCUGCUGCCACUGGAGGAUCUGUAUACUGGUAUUUUGUGUUGUUAAAUUAUGUGAAAGAUGAAGAUCUUGCUGGCUGCAGCACGGCCUGUGCAUCUCUUCUCACAGCUGUCUCCAGACAGUUACAGGACAGGUUGACACCUAUGGAGGCAUUGCUUCAGACAAGAUAUGGGCUGUACAGUUCUCCCUUUGAUCCUGUACUCUUUGAUUUGGAAGUGAGUGGAUCCUCAUGUAAAAAUAUAUACAACAGCAGUUCUGGAAUACAGUCUGAUGAAAUUGAUCUUUCAGAUGUUCUGUUAGGCAGUGGAAAAGUUAACAGCUGUGCAGCAGCAGAGGGCAGCUUCACAUCUCUGACUGGGCUGCUUGAGGUUGAACCAUUGCACUUUACUUGCGUGUCUACCAGCGACGGCACCCGUAUAGAGAGGGAUGAUGCAAGUACAUUCACCGUAAGCACGUUUGGAGUUACCCCAGCUGUGGGCGGCCUGUCUGCCGGGACAGUUGGAGAAGCAUCGACCGCUCUCAGCUCUGCCGCUCAAGUUGCUUUACAGUCUCUCUCUCACGCCAUGGCUUCAGCUGAGCAGCAGCUCCAGGUACUGCAAGAGAAACAGCAGCAGCUUCUGAAGCUUCAGCAACAGAAGGCAAAACUCGAAGCCAAACUUCACCAGACCACAGUGGCGGCGGCAGCUGCAGCAGCAUCGGCAGGUGGUCCAGUUCACAACUCUGUGCCUUCCAAUCCUGUGUCAACCCCAGGGUUUUUUAUCCAUCCUUCAGAUGUCAUCCCUCCUACACCAAAAACGACUCCUCUGUUUAUGACACCACCACUUACUCCUCCCAAUGAAUCUGUGUCCGCAGUCAUCAAUGCAGAGCUGGCUCAGCUGUUCCCAGGCACAGUGAUUGACUCUCCACCUGCUAUUCUUGCUGCACAUAGUAAAAAUGCAAACAAGUCCAGAGCGAAUCAGCUUGGUUCUGGUCUUGCAUUGGCAAUCUCUCAUGCUUCUCAUUUUCUGCAGCCACCUCCUCAUCAGUCCAUUAUUAUUGAAAGAAUGCAUUCUGGGGCUAGAAGGUUUGUUACAUUAGACUUUGGCAGACCUGUUCUUCUUACCGAUAUACUCAUUCCCACCUGUGGUGACCUCGCUUCAUUGUCGAUUGACAUCUGGAGUUUAGGUGAAGAAGUGGAUGGUCGAAGAUUAGUGGUGGCAACAGAUAUCAGCACCCACUCACUCAUUUUGCACGAUUUAAUACCACCCCCAGUCUGCCGUUUCAUGAAGAUUACUGUAAUUGGUAGAUAUGGGAGCACAAACGCCAGAGCCAAGAUCCCACUAGGAUUUUACUAUGGUCAUACUUACAUCUUACCUUGGGAGAGUGAAUUGAAACUAAUGCAUGACCCACUCCGAGGGGAAACUGAAUCUGCAAGUCAACCAGAGAUUGAUCAGCACUUAACCAUGAUGGUGGCUCUUCAAGAAGAUAUCCAAUGCAGGUACAACCUCGCUUGCCAUCGAUUAGAAACCCUGUUACAGAGCAUUGAUCUCCCUCCACUCAACAGUGCGAACAAUGCACAGUAUUUUUUGAGAAAACCAGACAAAGCCGUAGAAGAAGACAGUAGAGUUUUCUCAGCUUACCAGGACUGCAUACAGCUGCAGCUCCAGCUAAACUUGGCUCAUCAUGCAGUGCAGAGGCUUAAAGUGGCUUUGGGCAUGAGCAGGAAAACAAUGCAUGAACAGUUUGAUUCCAGAGAGCUCAUCUACACAUCAUCCACUGAACAACUGCGCACAGUCAUCAGAUACCUUUUGGACACCUUGUUAAGUCUUUUGCACUCCUCCAAUGGACACUCUGUUCCUGUGGUUCUCCAAAACACUUUCCAUGCACAAGCCUGUGAAGAGUUGUUUAAGCACCUGUGCAUAAGUGGAACACCAAAGAUACGACUGCAUACAGGUCUCCUGCUUGUGCAGCUCUGUGGUGCUGAGAGGUGGUGGGGACAGUUUCUCUCCAAUGUCCUGCAAGAGCUCUACAACUCAGAGCAGAUUCUGAUCUUUCCUCAGGACAGGGUGUUUGUGUUGCUGUCUUGCAUAGGUCAGAGAUCACUUAGCAACAGCGGAGUGCUGGAAAGUUUACUCAAUCUGUUGGAUAACCUUCUGUCACCUCUGCAACCCCAUUUAUCAGUAUAUAGGCGUGUUGAGGGUGUACUGGACAUUCCAAUGAUUAGUUGGGUAGUGAUGCUGGUGUCUCGUUUGUUGGAUUAUGUUGCUACAGUAGAAGAUGAAGCUGCAGCCUCAAAAAAAACCUUAAGUGGUAAAGAAAGAGAGCGUUUCUUUUCAGGCAACCAGUGGAGCUUUAUUAAUAACAGCCUGCAUACACAUAGCCUGAGCAGGUCAUCUAAGGGCAGCAGUAGUUUGGAUAGGCUGUACUCUAGGAAGAUCCGGAAACAGCUUGUUCAUCACAAACAGCAACUCAACCUACUAAAGGCGAAACAAAAGGCUUUAGUAGAACAAAUUGAGAAAGAGAAAAUUCAGAGCAACAAGGGUUCUUCUUACAAACUGCUGGUUGAACAGGCAAAGCUUAAACAAGCAACAUCUAAGCACUUUAAAGAUUUGAUCCGUUUACGUCGGACAGCUGAGUGGCCUCGCUCUGCACAAGACACAGAAAUAUCUGCAACAAAAGAGAGUCCUGAAAUCGAGCCUCUUCCAUUUACAUUGGCCCACGAGCGCUGCAUUUCUGUUGUGCAGAAGCUUGCCCUCUUCCUCUUAUCCAUGGAUUUCACCUGUCAUGCAGAUCUACUCCUGUUUGUUUGUAAGGUACUCGCUCGGAUAGCAAAUGCGACACGUCCUACAAUCCACCUCUGUGAAGUUGUGAAUGAGCAACAGUUGGAAAGGCUGUUGCUUUUACUUGUAGGAACAGAUUUUAACAGAGGAGACAUCUCAUGGGGUGGAGCUUGGGCACAGUAUUCUCUUACAUGCAUGCUCCAAGAUAUCUUAGCAGGAGAGCUGUUAGCACCUAUAGCUGCUGAAGCACUAGAUGAUGGGGCAAUGGGAGAAGAGGCGGGAGCUUCGGCUGCAGACUCUGAUGAUGUCCUCCAGCAGUCCUCCUUGUUACCUUUAGUAGAGACAGUUGAUGAACCCUUGACCCCAGACAUCUCAGGUGCUCCUCCACUUUCAGCUUUGGAUAAAGAUAAAGAGAUUGACCUUGAAUUGCUUCAAGACCUGAUGGAAGUUGAUAUUGAUCCUUUAGAUAUUGAUUUGGAAAAAGAUCCCCUCGCAGCCAAAGUCUUCAAGCCCAUAAGCAGCACUUGGUAUGACUAUUGGGGUGCUGAUUACGGCACCUACAAUUACAAUCCAUACAUCGGAGGCGUAGGGAUUCCUGUUGCAAAGCCACCAGCAUCCACUGAAAAGAACGGGACACAAACUGUUACUGUAUCAGUAUCUCAAGCACUAGAUGCCCGUCUGGAAGUUGGCCUUGAACAGCAGGCAGAGUUGAUGUUGAAAAUGAUGUCAACACUUGAGGCAGACUCUAUUCUACAAGCAUUAACCAAUUCAUCUCCAACAUUAUCACAGACUUCUAGUGGGACAGAUGAUUCAUUGCUACGGGGACUUCAUGCAGCCAGUCAGUCAAAUCAGCUAAUUGUUCAGCCGUCUUCCAUACCAAUGCUGAGUGCCUGCUUCAACAAGCUUUUCUCCAUGCUGCAAGUGCAUCAUGUCCAGCUCGAGUCUCUCCUGCAGUUAUGGCUCACAUUGAGCCUUAAUUCUAGUUUGUGUGGAGGCAAGGAGAAUGGAGGUGAUCUAUUCCUGUACAAUGCUAACCGGGUACCUGUCAUCUCAAUCAACCAAGCCUCCAUAACAAGCUUUUUAACCGUCCUGGCUUGGCAUCCAAAUACUUUGCUGCGGACAUGGUGCCUUGUGCUUCACAGCCUCACACUGAUGACAAACAUGCAACUUAACUCCGGACCCAUUAGUAACAUUGGUGCUCAGGAAAACACUGCCCAGUUGCUCGUAUCUGACCCAAACCUCCUUAAUGUGCUUGUAAAAUUCCUCUCAGGAACAAAUCUACAUGGGACCAACCAGCACAGUCCUCAGGUUGGACCUACAGCCACUCAGGCAAUGCAAGAGUUCCUUACACGAUUACAAGUCCAUUUGUCAUCUACCAGCCCUCAGAUGUUUAGUGAAUUUUUACUCAAACUAAUACAUAUUCUUUCAACAGAAAGGGGUGCUUUUCAAACAGGUCAGGGACCUUUAGACGCCCAAGUUAAGCUUCUAGAGUUUACUUUGGAGCAGAACUUUGAGGUGGUCUCUGUCAGCACAAUCUCUGCAGUCAUAGAGUCUGUCACAUUUCUGGUCCAUCACUAUAUUACAUGCUCAGACAAAGUUGUGUCUCGUAGUGGAUCUGACAGUUCCGUGGGUGCAAGGGCUUGCUUUGGUGGACUCUUUGCAAAUAUUAUUCGACCAGGUGAUGCCAAGGCAGUCUGUGGAGAAAUGACAAGAGAUCAGUUGAUGUUUGACCUAUUAAAACUGGUUAAUAUUUUGGUUCAGCUACCCCUUUCCAGUAACAAAGAGUUCAGCGCCCGUGCACCAGUUGUGACGAGCACCACAGACAGUGUGUCAGACGAAGAGAAAGUGUAUGGCGGAAAGGAUUCCAAUAGCAAUUCUUCUUCUACCCAAAGUUCCACUACAUAUGUAGCAGAUUUGGUGCUUGCCAACCAGCAAAUUAUGAGCCAAAUUCUUUCUGCUCUGGGUCAGUGCAACAGUAGUGCUAUGGCCAUGAUCAUUGGUGCCAGUGGUUUACAUUUAACUAAACAUGAAAACUUUCAUGGAGGCCUUGAUGCCAUUUCUGUUGGCGAUGGUUUGUUCACUAUUUUAACCACACUCAGUAAAAAGGCUUCCACAGUGCAAGUGAUGCUUCAGCCAAUACUAACUUACAUGGCUUGUGGAUAUAUGGGCAGACAAGGCUCCCUUUCUACCUGUCAGCUUUCUGAGCCAUUACUCUGGUUUAUUUUGAGAGUGCUAGACACCAGUGAAGCAUUGAAAGCAUUCCAUGAAAUGGGUGGUGUUCAGCUUAUUUGCAACAACAUGGUAACCAGUACAAGAGCCAUUGUUAACACUGCUAGGAGCAUGGUUUCCACCAUCAUGAAGUUUUUGGAUUCUGGUCCCAGCAAGACUACAGAUAGCAGUUUGAAAGCAAGAGUGCUAGCAUCUGAGCCUGAUAAUGCAGAGGGCAUCCAUAACUUUGCUCCCCUAGGUACAAUCACCUCAAGUAGUCCUACUGCUCAGCCUGCUGAAGUUUUGCUGCAAGCUACCCCUCCACAUAGGAGAGCGAGAUCAGCGGCUUGGUCAUAUAUCUUCUUACCAGAGGAAGCCUGGUGUGAUCUUACCAUCCAUCUUCCAGCAGCAGUCUUGUUGAAAGAAAUACACAUACAACCCCAUCUUGCAUCCCUUGCAACAUGUCCGUCAUCUGUUUCGGUGGAAAUAAGUGCUGAUGGAGUGAACAUGCUGCCAUUAUCUACUCCAAUCAUUACCAGUGGGCUUACCUACAUAAAGAUACAGCUUGUUAAAGCAGAAGUGGCUUCAGCAGUCUGCCUUAGACUUCACCGUCCCCGUGACGCUAGCACUCUAGGCCUUUCACAGAUAAAAUUACUUGGCCUAACUGCAUUUGGAAACACGUCUUCAGCAACUGUAAACAACCCCUUCUUGCCAUCUGAGGAUCAAGUUUCUAAGACUAGCAUUGGUUGGUUAAGACUACUGCAUCACUGUCUCACACAUAUCAGUGAAUUGGAAGCAAUGAUGGCUAGCGCUGCUGCACCUACAGCCAAUCUGCUGCAAACAUGUGCAGCAUUACUUAUGUCUCCAUAUUGUGGGAUGCACUCUCCUAACAUUGAAGCUGUACUGGUCAAGAUCGGAUUGCAGUCUACAAGAAUAGGCCUAAGGCUAAUUGACAUCUUACUUCGCAAUUGUACAGCAUCUGGGAGUGACCCUGCUGAUUUAAAUAGCCCACUUCUUUUUGGAAGACUUAAUGGUCUCUCUUCAGAUUCAACAAUUGAUAUCCUGUACCAGCUUGGGACAACACAGGAUCCUGGAACAAAGGAUAGAAUCCAAGCUCUGUUGAAGUGGGUAAGUGAUUCUGCUAGAGUUGCCUCAUUGAAGAGGAGUGCUCGCAACAGCUACAUUUCUCCAAACCGCUCACCCAGAGAGUUUGGCCUCUUGAUGCCAUCCCCAUCUCAUUUGCACUGUGUAGCUGCAAUUUUGUGGCACAGCUAUGAACUUCCUGUAGAUUAUGACCUGCCUGGGCUACUCAGUAGAGAUCUUUUUGAGUCAUUGUAUAAAUGGUCAAUGUCUCUCCCCUGCAAUAUGGUCUUAAAGAAGGCAGUUGACGGCCUGCUGUGCUCAAUGUGUCACAUCCAUCCCAGCUACUUUUCUUUGCUCAUGGGAUGGAUGGGUAUUACUCCUCCUCCAAUUCAGAGCCAUCACAGACUGUCCAUAACUGAUGACAGCAAAAAGCAAGACCUCAAUGCAUCCCUGACUGACGAUUCAAAAAACGCACAAGCGACCCUUGCACUAACAGAUUCUCACCUGGCCACCCUUGCUGCCUCAUCACAAUCUCCAGAAGCCAUCAAGCAACUACUGGACUCUGGUUUGCCCUCACUUCUGGUAAGAAGCUUAGUGAACUUUUGCUUCAGCCCUAUAUCCAAUUCAGACUGUGCUGCUACUUCUACAGAUUGCACCCAGGAUCGACUCAGGAGACAGCACACCUCUCAGCACUUUACUAGGAUGCCAGUAACAGCGGACUUGGUGGCACCCAUUCUCAGGUUUCUGACUGAGGUCGGCAACAGUCAUGUAAUGAAGGACUGGCUUGGUGGCUCAGAGGUCAAUCCUCUGUGGACAGCACUUCUGUAUUUGCUCUGUCAUUCUUGUGCCAGCUCAGCAGGUCAUGUAAGUGGGACUCAGCAGGCUAGUGCUAGGUGCACUGUACUCACAACAGCAGCAGGAAAUGGACUUACUACUCAACAAAGGACCGCAGUGGAAAAUGCAACAGUGGCUUUCUUCUUGCAGUGUAUAUCUUGCCAUCCAAAUAAUCAAAGACUAAUGGCACAGGUCCUGUGUGAAUUAUUCCAGUCUUCUCCACAGCGUGGAAACCUCCCCGCCUUGGGUAAUAUCUCUGGCUUCAUUCGAAGACUCUUUCUGCAGUUGAUGUUGGAAGAUGAGAAAGUGACUAUGUUCCUACAGUCUCCUUGUCCUUUGUACAAGGGUAGGAUCAAUGCCACCAGUCAUGUCAUUCAGCAUCCGAUGUAUGGUGCAGGACACAAAUUCCGCACUCUUCAUUUACCCAUUUCCACUACACUGGCGGAGCUGCUGGACCGUGUUUCAGACACGCCCAGUAUCACUGCCAAACUGAUCAAUGAGCAGAAGGAUGACAAGGAGAAGAAAAACCACGAAGAGAAGGAAAAGGUGAAGGCAGAAAAUGGUUUUCAGGACAACUACAGUGUUGUUGUAGCUUCUGGUUUGAAAUCCCAGUCAAAAAGAGCUGUAGCGUCCACACCACCGCGUCCACCAUCCAGGAGAGGAAGAGUAAUGACAGAUAAAGUAGGUUCGUCGUCAGGAGUAGACUCUUCCAGCAAGACUAUCAGCAUCCCAGUUUUUCAUCUGUACCAUAAAUUAUUACCAGGACAACCAUUACCCCCUGAAAUGACACUUGCGCAACUUCUUACUCUGCUGUACGAUAGGAAGCUCCCUCAGGGUUUUCGCUCAGUAGACCUAACAGUCAAACUAGGCUCCAAGGUCAUAUCCGAUCCAAGCUUGUCAAAGACGGACUCUUUUAAACGUCUUCACACAGAGAAAGAACAUGGGGAUUUUUUGGGUUCAUGCCCCGAAGAUGAAGUGAUUAGCCCAAGUGAUGAGUGCAUGGAAUCUGUUCUGGAUGACUCUUUUAUGGACACAUGUCCAAUUCAAUCUCCAUUGCAAGUAUUUGCUGGAAUGGGUGGACUUGCCCUUAUUGCAGAACGACUUCCUAUGCUGUACCCUGAUGUCAUUCAGCAAGUGAGUGCACCAGUUGUUACUUCUACUACCCAAGAAAAACCAAAGGACAGCGAUCAGUUUGAAUGGGUCACUAUCGAACAGUCUGGUGAGCUGGUUUAUGAAGCCCCAGAAACCAUUGCUGCAGAGCCUCCUCCCAUAAAGUCUGCUGUGCAGACAAUGUCCCCAAUACCAGCUCACUCUCUGGCUGCUUUUGGACUGUUCCUUCGUCUCCCUGGAUAUGCAGAAGUUUUGCUGAAAGAGAGGAAGCAUGCCCAAUGUUUACUUCGUCUGGUCCUGGGGGUUACAGAUGAUGGAGAAGGAAGUCACAUUUUACAAUCCCCAUCUGCAAACGUCUUGCCUACUCUUCCUUUUCAUGUUCUGCGCACUUUGUUCAGCACAAUGCCUCUGACUACAGAUGAUGGGGUACUCUUAAGGCGCAUGGCCCUGGAAAUUGGAGCAAUACAUCUUAUUCUUGCCUGCUUGUCUGCUUUGAGUCACCAUGCUCCCAGAAUCCCCAGUUCCAGUUCCAAUCAGACAGAGUCACAGGUUUCCAGCACACACAGCAGUGGCACUUGUGAAGAGCAACAGUUGUAUUGGGCUAAAGGCACUGGAUUUGGAACUGGAUCUACUGCUUCAGGCUGGGAUGUAGAACAGGCCCUUACAAAACAAAGACUGGAAGAAGAGCAUGUAACGUGUCUCCUACUGGUCCUUGCCAGUUACAUAAAUCCAUCUGGGUGUGCAGUAAAUGGAGAAACACAGGCAAAUGAGGGCAGAGGACAGAACAGCAAUGCUCUUCCAUCUGUCUUGCAAGAGCUCCUCAGUCAAUCCUGCCUCAUCCCAGCAAUGUCAUCAUACCUCCGCAAUGACUCGGUAUUGGAUAUGGCCAGACAUGUUCCGUUAUACCGUGCUCUAUUGGAGCUGCUCAGAGCCAUUGCUUCAUGUGUAGCCCUGGUCCCCCUGCUGCUGCCCCUAUAUGGAAGUAAUGGAGAAGAGGAGGAGGAACAGUCUGAGUCACAAGUAUCUGUGGGCACCUUACUGGCCAAAAUGAAAACUUGUGUGGACACAUACACCAACAGAUUAAGGUCCAAGAAAGAUAAGGCCAAAGCAGGAGUGAAACCAGAUGCAUCAGACCCUGAGCCAGAGGGACUAACACUGCUGGUGCCAGACAUACAGAGAACGGCAGAAAUAGUUUUUGUCGCCACGACCAGCCUUCGCCAAGCUAACCAAGAAAAGAAACUGGCAGAGUUUUCAAAAAAAUCUGCUGUAAAGUCUAAACCUUUUUCAGUUUUACGGUCACUAGAAGAGAUGUAUGUGGCGAUUAUGAAAAAGCUUCAGUUUGAUACUUUUGAGAUGGUUUCUGAAGAUGACGAUGGGAAGCUGGUAUUUAAAGUUAAUUACCACUACAUGUCUCAGGUGAAAAAUGCAAGUGAUGCUAAUAGCGCUGCUAGAGCUCGCCGCCUUGCACAGGAAGCAGUGACGCUUUCAACGUCACUACCACUCUCGUCUUCAUCUAGUGUCUUUGUCCGCUGUGAUGAGGAAAGAUUGGACAUUAUGAAGGUUUUAAUAACUGGUCCUGCAGACACACCUUAUGCAAAUGGCUGCUUUGAAUUUGAUGUAUAUUUCCCACAAGAUUAUCCUAAUUCUCCUCCACUUGUGAAUCUGGAGACAACUGGUGGCCAUAGUGUUCGCUUCAAUCCAAAUCUUUACAAUGAUGGAAAGGUUUGUUUAAGUAUAUUAAACACAUGGCAUGGGCGACCAGAGGAAAAGUGGAAUCCACAAACAUCAAGUUUUCUGCAGGUUUUAGUGUCUGUCCAGUCCCUCAUACUUGUGUCUGAACCCUAUUUCAAUGAACCUGGGUAUGAGAGGUCAAGGGGCACACCUAGUGGCACUCAGAGCUCUAGGGAAUACGAUGGCAAUAUCAGACAGGCCACAGUCAAAUGGGCCAUGCUGGAACAAAUUAGGAAUGCUUCACCAUGUUUUAAGGAGGUGAUCCACAAACAUUUUUACUUGAAACGUGCUGAGAUCAUGGCUCAGUGUGAAGACUGGAUAGUGGACAUCCAGCAAUUCAGCAGUGACAAGCGUGUUGGCCGAACUAUGUCUCACCAUGCAGCAGCUUUGAAGCGACAUACGGCACAGCUCCGAGAAGAGCUCUUAAAGCUCCAGUGCCCGGAAGGUUUGGACCCAGAUGCUGAUGACUCUACAGAAAAAUGCCUUGCCACAGCAAGCUGCGAGGAGACUACAUUGCACGAUCAGGUUAACCCCAGCAGCAGUAAAGACACACCCAGUGACUUCACAUUUUGAGCUGGCUGCAGUGGCAUGGACUUUUAGAGACACAGGCUUUGAAGCACAGCCAAAUAUGUCCAUAUUUGUAUGUAAGAAGCUAAUUAUGUAAUAGUUAAUGAAGCUGAAACUAUACUAUGCCCUUAAGGAUAUACAGUUUAAUUCAAGAUGAUCUUUUACCUGUACAAGAGUGUAAACUUUUUUUUGUGCUUUUAUUUUUCAGUUGUAAGAACCACUGAUUGGUAUGUUAUAAACAAGAAAUGGAUAAAUCACUGAAAUAAGGGAACGUACCUUAAGAUAGAAUGUUUACUGAAUGUUUGUUUGUUUUUAUUAUUUUUUUCCUUUUUUUUUUUUUUGUUUGUUUUUUACCUGUAGAGUGAGGGCGUUGUAACAAAGAAUAUAUAUUGGUCAUUCUUAUAACUAUAACUAUUUAAGAACCGCAAGUUUUCAUGAAUUUGAUAGAUUUUGACCAUGCCUUCAUUCUCAUUUUUGAUUUCUACAGAAACACCUGCAUUCUUCAAUAAAAGUUAAACAAACAUGCUCCCUACGAAAUUAUUUACUGGUACAUUUUUUGCCUUUUUUUUUUUUUUUUUUUUUAUUAUUAUAUAGAAUAAAUCUGCAAUUUAAGAACAUUAUAACUGGACACUUGCUACUGUUAGACUGAUUUUAUCACAGUCAAUGUUUCGUUUGAUGCUUUCCAAUUCAGAAUGCACCUGAAAUAAAUGGACAUGGUUUUACCUUGAAUGUA